AAAGGACUCCUACUGUGUCAGCCUGGAUUGUUCCUGUAUUUAAUGUGACCUCAGUUAGUAACUGGUUUGUUUGUGUUUGUGAAAAAGAGUGCGUUAUUUAUUUGGAAUUAAAGAACUACUUGAAAUAUGUCUAUAGAAAUCGAAUCAGCUGAUGUUAUUCGUCUUAUUCAGCAAUAUUUGAAGGAAAAUAAUCUUUCUAGAACUUUGCAGACAUUGCAGGAAGAAACUUCUAUUUCUUUGAAUACUGUAGAUAGCGUUGAUAGUUUUGUGCAAGAUAUCAAUAAUGGUCAUUGGGACACAGUACUUAAAGUAGUGCAGUCUUUGAAAUUGCCAGAUAAGAAAUUGAUUGACUUAUAUGAACAAGUUGUUUUAGAGCUUAUAGAACUACGUGAGCUUGGAGCAGCACGUUCCUUAUUACGUCAGACAGAUCCUAUGAUAAAACUGAAACAAGAAGAACCUGAUCGCCAUAUCCAUCUGGAGAAUCUUCUUGCACGUUCAUAUUUUGAUCCUAGAGAAGUAUGCUUCUUUUAUUUAACAAAUUGUAUUUUCUCUCAAAAUUUGUUUGCAAGGAUAUAUUUUGCUUGCUAAUUAUUUAAAUAUGUUCCAUGUGAAUAAGUAAAAGAAUUCUAAAUGAAAUUUGUGUUGUAGAAAAUAUUUAUACUUUACAAAACUGACAUUUCUUAUUGUUUUUUGAAGUACAGAGUGAAAUUAUGAUCCAAAAAAUUCCUGAAAUUAUGAUCCAAAGAAUUCCUUUGUGUGAGGAUUAUCAAUCUGUUAAAAAAUUUUUAUAUAUUUAAAUAAUUUUAGUGAAAUUAUAUGUAAAAUUGUAGUAUCUCUUGUAUAAUAUAACAUGAAAUGUAACAAAAAAGUGCAGCUCCACCAGAAAAAUAAGGUUACAGAGCAAGUCUAUUUAACAUUGAGGUAAAUCGCUUUCUUGCCAAAUUUGGUAACAAAACACCGAAAGACGUCAAAAUUUGCGACCUUUUGGUAAUUUCGAGAACUUGAAAGUACUGGAAAUUUCUUGGCAGCCAAAAACUAUGUAAAACCAGAGAAAGCAAUACUUCUUAGCUAUUUAGUUCAGACAUAAAUUUGGAGCAUUGAGAGGUCUCCGUUGGAAACUUUGACUUUUAGAUGCACUUUGCAUUGCAUUAUAUUUAACAUUCUUAAUUGCAUUAUAUUUAACAUUCUACUGAUUGUGCUCUGUGAUACUGAGAAGAGCUGUAUGAGUACUUUUGUGAAAAGUUCCAGAAAUGUAAAGUGUUUCUUAUGGGAAAAUAAAUUUUAUCAAGCUAUCAUCUGUUCUGUGUGCAUCUAAUCCAUUUAGAACCUAUACGCACAUAACAUGUCCUGUGCUCUGGAAAGCUGUUAGACUGCUAACUGAAAAAGAAGGAUAAUAUGUGCAGAAAUUCACAAUCCUGAAAAUUUUAAAUUUUGAAAGAAACUCCAUUCUGAUGCAGCUGUUUCGUUACUAUGGGAGUAAUGUUAAAAAACUUAAUUUCAUUUCAUGGCUUCAAGGAAAAAUCUUCUCCUAUAGCUUUAAGAAGAAAAGUUCUUAUUGAAGUUAUUUCUGGUAUUCAAGGAUUUGAAAGUUGAAGUUAAAAAAAAAAAAAAAAAAAAAAAAAAAAAAAAAAAAAAAAAAAAAAAAAAA